AUUGUCCUAUUUCGGCGUCUGUACAUUUCCAGGAAGUUCUAGUUAACGCGGUGCAUUCAUUCAAUCCUGUGCAUUUACGUCCCAAUUUCAGCUAGUAGAUCGAUAGAUAGUUUAUACAAUACUUUAUUAAAACUUGACACUCAAAUGCGCAGAAGGACAGACGGUCAUGAUAGGCCAUACCAAAAGGUAGCUAAAAAAAGACUGACAGACAGACUGCAGGUUCAGGAGAGACCAGUCAACAACAACAUCGACCACAACAAGGGGCUAAAACGAGCAGGUGCUGGUCGACUGUUACCUCAGUUGGAAAAUGUCUCCUCCUCAUCAUCCUCAUCCCUCCCUUUCUGAACUAUGCAUCAUUGCAAAGAGAGGGCCAACUGUUACUGCCAGAAGAUGGUGAAAUUAUAGAUAUCGGUUUAGGUCAAAAGAUGCACCUGAUGUGCAAAGGACAAGGACAGCCAGUUGUCAUACUGGAUGCCCCCACUGGUAUGUCCUCUGACAUCUGGUUCCAUGUACAAGAGAACAUUGCCCUGCUAACCAAGGUGUGCACUUAUGACAGAGUGGGACUGGGGUUCAGUAAAAGAGUCCUGCAGAAUGAAAGUACAGGGACGGAGAAAGUCUGGGGGAUGUCAACCACUGGACGAAUGGUGGACAACCUCCACCGCCUCAUCGGUUUAGCUGGUCUAGCCACGCCUCUCAUCCUGGUGGGGUCUGAACUGGACACGCUCAACGCCAGGUUCUACAGCCAUAUCCAUGACGCGCAGGUGUCAGACCUUGUCCUUAUUGAUCCCAUUCCAGAGGACAUCUUUGAGGAGGACCAGUGGCAGAAGUACUGGUACAGUCAGCGGGUACCAUCCCUCCAAGCCAUGCAAUUCUCAGCUGCCACAGGCAUCAGCCGCAUCCUUAUCAUUCUGGGGCUGCUAAAGCCCGCCAUCAUGGGGGACAACAUCGCUGAAGACCUCAUACAGAGACAGAAGUACCUCCUCAGUAACCCCGCCCACCAGAGCAGUGCUGUAGAUGAACAUUUUUUUCUGAAUGAAAGUGCCUCUCAAGUCAGGGAAAUCUCCAAAUUCAAACCCCUCUCCAGUAGGACUUCUGUGAGUGUGAUUAUUGGGGAUUCUUUCGAUGAGCAAAUUCCUGCUCCUCUAAACCAAGUGGUGGCCCAGCUUCAGAAGACGUUACUGGAGCAGACUUACCCCUCGGCCAACCAGAUCCAUGUUAAAGGAGGGGACCGCAGGAUGAUCUACAAGAGGCCGUCUGUUGUUAGCAAACACCUGUGGAAGCUGGUGUCCCAACGGCAGUCCAAACAGCAGAGCCAAUAACCAUAGAGAUCUAUAGAAGACAUCUAGUUCAUAUGCUCUAAUUUCAAGGUUUGAAUUCUGUGCCAGUGACACACUGAUUCUGCUGCCAAAUGUCUCAACUACACUCACAACUGGAAGAUGAAGUCACGUCACAGAGGUUCCUUGUUUCUUUUUUUCAGGGAUGAUUUUUUGACUGGAAUGUACUUGACAUGUGUAUGUCCACACAUGAAACCAAUUUUUUUUGUAUACUUUAUUACAAAUAUCAGACCGUUUUGCCUUAAUGCUUGUAAAUAAAUACAGUCUUCUGAAUUUGUAUCUGUGUGUUAACUCUACUAUCUUUCUGGGAUCUAUUCAGUCUGUAAAGCUGCAGCGUUACAGAUCCCAUGAUAGAAUGUAAAGGUGACGGUGUAAAAGUAAUUUCCGAUUGAGCCGACAUAUGCAGUGUUUACCAUGAAUGCAGUGUCCUCUAAAGUGGAAACAUUGACAUUAAAUUUGAUUCACGCAAUACAGAUUGAACAAAGCCCUCUGUCCCUUAUAUCUAAUGUACAGAUCCACUACACUGGUACUGUGUUGUGGCUUUGAAAGAAAAGAGCGAACAUCAUUGGAUUAUCCUGAGGAUUUCAGUUUAAUUAUGACACCACAUCAAAAUAAAAAUGAUUUCCAACAGUUCUGGAAUUUUAUUCCAUCCAUAUACAUGCAUAGCAACAAUGUUUUUUAAGAAACUUUUUUUCUCUCGCAUAAUUAGGACAUUGGAAUGAUUAUUUUACAUCGGUAUCCCCCGUCAACCAACAUCCAUCAACAGCAAUAAAUGUAAUUAUUGUACAAUAUAAUGCAGUCCCCCUCUCAUAAUACUGCUUUCAGUAAUGUUCCCUCAUUUACAAAGUAUUGCAUCGAGAGUAAAUGUUAAAAAGGGAGACCAAAGUGUAGUUCAGCAAACAGAAAUAUGAGUACUAUACAAGAAUGUUGCCAUCCUCCUGAAAACAUCCACGUCGGAGUUGAAGAAAAGAGACAGGGACACAGCCACAUACGUAUGCUAAGCCAAGUGUAUGCCAAAACAGAAGAUGCAGCUGGAUUGUACCUGGCUAUCCCACCAAAGGGUUAAGGCCAAGAAUCCGAGUCAUGAAUAGCAAAGCUGCAAAUGACAUUUAGGCAUAUACAAAAACUGUUACAGCAAAUAAGAAUAGACAAGUGCUUCAGUAGCUAUUUUGUGUCUAAAAUGCAUCUCAUUUGUAUUCUAUCGUUUCAUUGAGCCUACAUUACAGUGUAAACAAUAUGUGUGCUACACAAGAAUGACUAUACAA